AUGGUGCGCUUUGGGGGGAGCACUGUUGCUCCUGCAGAGCCCGGCCUCAGCAGCCAGCGGACGGAGGACAACACGAAGAGCCGGAGCAGUGCUGGUCGGUGGGCCGUGGCCGCUCAAAACGUGAACAACUGCAACAACAACGACGGCAAAAAGGAUGACAAGAAAGAUGAGAAGAAAGACGAGAAGAAAGACGACAAAAAGGAUGACAAGAAGGACGACAAAAAAGACGACAAGAAGGACGCUAAAAAAGAAGAACCAAAGGAGGUGUGGGUCAUGGACCCCGCCACAGAUACGUACUAUUACUGGCUGUACACCAUCUCCGUCCCAGUGUUCUACAACCUGAUGCUGCUUGUGGCCAGGUCUUGUUUUAACGAGCUGCAGCACGGGAACACAACGCUGUGGAUGGUCCUGGACUACAGCUCAGAUGUCCUCUACUUCAUGGACACCUUUGUGAGAGCUAGGACAGGUUUUCUGGAGCAAGGUCUUCUUGUAAAGGAUGCAAAGGUCCUGAAAGAACGGUACAUGAAGACACGGCAGUUCCGAUUAGACAUCAUAUCCAUCAUCCCCACAGAUAUCAUAUUCCUCAAAAUUGGAAUCAACAACCCAGAGUGGAGGUUCAACCGGCUCUUCAGGUUAGCCCGACUCUUCGAGUUCUUCGACAGGACGGAAACUCGGACAAAUUUCCCCAACAUCUUCCGAAUCGCCAAUCUUGUACUUUACAUCAUCAUCAUCAUCCACUGGAACGCUUGCCUCUACUUUGCCAUCUCCAAGACGCUCGGCUUCGGCUCGGACACCUGGGUGUAUCCAAACAACAGCAAUCCCGAGUUCGCUCGACUCGCCAGGCAGUACAUCUACUGCUUUUACUGGUCCACUCUCACCCUGACCACCAUCGGUGAGACGCCACCCCCAGUCCGAGACAUUGAAUACUUCUUUGUGGUAGCCGAUUUCCUCACUGGGGUUCUGAUCUUUGCUACAAUUGUGGGCAAUGUUGGCGCCAUGAUUUCCAACAUGAGUGCCGCACGAGUCGAGUUCCAGGCUAAGAUUGACUCUAUAAAGCAAUACAUGCAAUUUCGGAAGGUUACGAAAGAUCUGGAGGUAAGAGUGGUGAAGUGGUUUGACUACCUCUGGACAGAGGAGAAGACCUGCGAUGAGAAGCUGGUGCUGAAGAACCUGCCAGACAAGCUCAAGGCCGAGAUAGCCAUCAACGUACAUCUGGAGACUCUAAGAAAAGUGCGCAUCUUUCAAGACUGCGAGGCAGGUUUGCUUGUCGAGUUGGUCCUUAAGCUCCAGCCUCAAGUGUUCAGUCCUGGCGACUACAUCUGCAAGAAGGGGGACAUCGGCAGGGAGAUGUACAUCAUCAAAGGAGGAAAGCUGGCUGUGGUGGCAGACGACGGGGUUACCCAGUUUGUGGUCCUCAGCGACGGGGCGUACUUCGGCGAAAUCAGCAUCCUGGGCAUCAAGGGCAGUAAGGCAGGAAACCGGAGGACAGCCAACAUCCGAAGCGUGGGCUACUCCGAUCUGUUCGCCCUGUCCAAAGACGACCUGAUGGAGGCACUCGUUGAGUAUCCGGACGCCAAGAAUAUGCUGGAGGAGAAGGGAAAGGCCAUCCUGAUGAAAGAUAACCUCAUAGACGAGUCCCUGGUCACCGCUACCGACGCCAAAGACUUGGAGAAUAAAGUCAAUAAGGUGGAAGCCAGUUUGGACGUCAUGACGAUGAAAUUUCGAAAGUUGACAGCCCAGCAUGAAUCUUCCCAGCGAAAACUCAAACAACGGCUCACCAAUAUAUCAAACCAGGUCCCAACCCUCAAAGUAGACAUCGAGUAG